UCUCAGAAGGGGAAAUGACUUUCGAGCGUCCGUACGAAAAUGGAGCUCUGCUCAGUCAAUAAAAUUACUCAUCUCCCUCCGAGCACCCCUCACCAUGGAUAUUUGGCGGGAAACGCUGUUCGUAGAAUCUCACUCCCUCUCCAGCGAAAGUCUGCAUCUCUCCGCCUUCAAUCCCGCGCGUUGCGCUGUACUGGAAAGUUUCCAGGAGAAACAGUUUCUGAAGAAAAAUCAACUGGAGUCGAUGAAUUUGGUGUUGAGGAGCGUGAUGGGGAUGUAGUUACAGAAGAGAAAAACCUGAGUAGCGAAGCUCAAGCUGAAGAGGAGCAAUCUCAGGCCAUAGAGUUCUUGAACGAUAUAAAGCUGGACGCAGACAACACAUAUUCACUCCUGCUCUAUGGAAGUGGUGCAAUAGUUGCUCUCUACAUAACUUCUGCAAUUGUUGGUUCACUAGAAUCAAUUCCUCUGUUUCCUAAGCUGAUGGAAGUGGUUGGUCUCGGAUACACACUCUGGUUCACCACCCGUUACUUGGUAUUUAAGAGGGACAGAGAAGAACUCAAGACAAAAAUUAGUGAAAUAAAAAAGCAGGUUAUUGGCUCUGAUAGUGUUUGAGUAGUUUGUUUGUUUGUUUUUUUGCUUGUGUACAAAGAAAAAAAAACAUGUUCCCUUUCCAACAGUUUUUUAUUUAUUUAUUCCCCCCCUACUGAACUGUUUCUAGGAAAACAAAUAAUUUGUCAUUGUUUAUCUAGGUUUGCAGUGUUGAAGAGAAUCUAUUUUUAUUUUAUGAAA